CAAGUCAACACGUACUGCUGUUUAGGACCAGCCCUGGAGGCGUAGCUCUUGUGCGUAUCAGCAAGUGCAGGACAAGGAACGUGCUCAGAUUAAUCAAAGGUGGCAGGGCGAUUUCGGUUUCCUGCGGUGGAUGUGAAGUCAGUAAAACUAAACGAAAACAAGUCUGUUCGUCAAAGCAGAAAGGACAUUACAGAGGGAAGAGCACUUAAAACAGGAUUUGUUGCAGUCAGACGUGGUGUGUUUUACCUCCCAGUGGUCUGUGGUCCUCGGUGAGCGCUGAAAAAUGAGUUUGAGCACCAGUGAGCUUGAGGACCUGUGGGAGUCGUUUGGAGACCUGAACUUCUCAGAAACCUUUAGUAACAUAUCGACCGUGGCUGUAGAUGUGUGUGCUACAGCGUUCAACCGCAGUGCUCUGCUCUACUCCAUGUGCGUCCUCUACACGUUCAUCUUCAUCGUCGGCCUGGCUGCUAACACUCUUGUCCUCUGGGUCAACAUCCGCGCACAAAGAGACUCCACCCCUCGCCAUGAGACACACAUGUACAUCGCCCAUCUGGCAGUUGCAGAUCUGUGUGUGUGUGCCACUCUGCCCGUGUGGGUGAGCUCGCUGGCUCAGCAUGGCCACUGGCCCUUCGGUGAGGUGGCGUGCAAACUUACACACCUGCUGUUCUCUGUCAACCUCUUCAGCAGCAUCUUCUUUCUGGCCUGUAUGAGCGUGGACCGCUACCUAAGUGCGAUGCAGCAUGGAGACAACGAGGGAGGUGCACGCAGGAAGCUGAUUCGCCGUGGUGCAUGUGUAGGGGUGUGGCUUCUGGCUCUGGUGGCCUCUGUGCCAGACACCUACUUCCUGCGUACUGUGAAGGCAACACAUGGGGACUUCAUGCUGUGCAGACCUGUGUACCCAGAAGAAAACCCCAGGGAGUGGAUGGUUGGAGUGCAGCUGAGCUUCAUUCUGCUGGGCUUUGUUCUUCCCUUCCCUGUCAUUGCAGUGUUUUAUGCCCUGCUAGCCAGAGCUUUCGCCCGCUCUUCUUCUUCAUCGUCUUCAUCAGUAGAGCAGGAGCGUUGUGUGAGCCGCAGGGUGAUUCUGGCUUAUAUUGUGGUGUUUUUGGGCUGCUGGGGGCCCUACCACGGCGUCCUCCUGGCUGAUGCCCUGUCACAGCUGGGCCUGGUGCCUCUGACCUGUGGCCUGGAGAAUGUGAUCUACGUGGCCUUACACCUCACUCAAUGCUUGUCUUUGCUCCACUGCUGUUUCAACCCCAUCCUCUACAACUUCAUCAACAGAAACUACCGCUAUGACCUCAUGAAGGCCUUCAUCUUUAAAUACUCCACGAGGACGGGCUUGGCACGCCUCAUUGAAGCUCCCAACAUGUCUGAGGCUGAGUACUCUGCUGUAGCUGUAGACAAUCCACCACAAUUCUGAAACUUCCAAAAUCCAAUGAGCAUUUCUUGAACACCAUUUCUAAAUCCAAAUGACUAUAAUGCAAUACAACUGUUCUUUUCAGAAUCUGCUUUAUGUUGACAUUAGAUAACAAGGAAAAGAGAAAAAGGCAAAUUAGCAUCUUUUUUGUUACAAAAAUAGACUUGAGUCAUGUAGGAAAGCUUCAAGAUGGCUUAGUAUUACUUUUGAUGGACUGAUUAAAAGCACUUAGAAAGUAUUAUAAUAGCUUGUACUGAAAUCAUAUGACUAUUGUCAUUCAUUUGUAAAGCCUAAACAGUGAGUAUAAAUGUAUACAAUCAUUGCCUUUUAUCUGUAUGUAGGAUUGUGUGUGUGUGUGUGUGUGUGUGUGUGUGUGUGUGUGUGUCCAUAAUCUGUUGGGCAUUGACUGCUAGUAUCAGCAGAGAAAUAUUCUUAAUCCUUUUGUAUCAAGUUGUAUUUAUAUACCGUUUUUUAAAACUGUUUUGCCUCUUUCACAUUGCGAAGGAAAGUCUUCAAGCACUGUCUGCUUAGUGCUCCCCGUCAUACAACGCUGCCUCAUCAUCUUAGUCGAGCCACUAGCUUGCUCAGUGUUGUAGUCCUGCUGUCAUUCCUACUCAUGACUUCAUGUCCCAUCAUCUGAAUGCUUCAGAAAAAUAACACAAAUCCAUUUUGAAUUGUUUCAUGCAACUGAGGUUUGUAUAUUAUUUAUUUAACAUGUCUUCUGUGCAUCAUAGCUAAAGAAAUAGAUUUUUUGAGAAAUACACUUUGUUAUUGUGGUAAAUGAGAAGACUUAUUAUUCUAAUGUCCAUAACUGCUGUAAUUAUGCAGCUGUAGUCAGCAGCACAUUACAUUAGCCUAGCAUAAAGAGUCCAAGGAAAAGAUUCCCCCUAACAACACCUAUAAUGUCAUCUUACAGUAUAUCAUGUGUGUUUAAUUGAUAUAAAAACCAAAUUGUAAAAGUGAACAUUUGUGGUUUUAUGGAAUAUGAUGUGCUGUUCUGUUGCUCUUUACCUUCAGGCAGAGCUGUGUUAGCUGUUUCUGCCUGUUUUUAGUCUGUGUGCUGAGCCAAGCUAAUCACAUGCUGGCUUUAGCCUCCUAUUUAGCAUAGAAACAUGAGCAUGGCAUCAACCUUCUCAUCUAACUCUCUGCAAGAAAAAUGCAACAAAAUGUCAAACUGGUCUUUGAAAAAAGCUGAGGUUUUGUACUUACAGUGACUUAUUAUACACCAUCCACACUGAUAAUUAUAAUCUUGUCAGUUCUCUUUUAGUGCACAAUAUUCCCUAACAUUUCAUCUCUUUGCUCUGCAUCAAUGUGAAUAGUACAACGGAUACACAUGUUAGUGUAAAUGUAAUCCCACUGCUUCAGCACACAGGCCACAGACAGUAAAAACCUUUACGACCAAAUAACACAAAGCCUUACUCCUCUCAUGUAAGCAGCAGCUGUGCUGUGCAGCAACCAAGUGUUUGUUAGAGACCAAAUAAUACAAACAUCGCUGCAUUACUUUAGAGUUUGUUUGUGUGUGCCACAACUUGACACCAAGUGAUGGCAUUUUAGGUGAUGUAAACACCGACUUAUACAGUUUACUUGCUUUAUAUUGUAGGAAACAACAUAUCCUUUAGAUAUGCUGACACAGAGCACACACUGUCUCCUGAUUGGUUACACAUGGAUGCUUUUACACUGAAAAGAUUACAAAAGUCUGGAGACACAAGCAUGUGUCCAUAAGAACAGAGGCAUUCUUCUGGUGUUGUAAUGUGUAACAUGUGUUUUGUUAUAUAUUAAAUA